GGAUCUUGACGAUAACAAUUUGAGUGGCUCCAUUCCGUCCACCUUCAGCAGCCUGAGCAACCUAACUGAGUUGUAUCUUAACGAUAACAACUUGAGUGGCUCCAUUCCAUCCACCUUCAGCAGCCUGAGUAACCUAUUUAGACUGGAUUUAUCACGUAACAGAUUGAUUGGGUCUAUCCCGUCCACCAUCGGCAACAUGAGCAGCCUUAAAUCACUGGAUCUUGACGAUAACAAUUUGAGUGGCUCCAUUCCGUCCACCUUCAGCAGCCUGAGCAACCUAACUGAGUUGUAUCUUAACGAUAACAACUUGAGUGGCUCCAUUCCAUCCACCUUCAGCAGCCUGAGUAACCUAUUUAGACUGAAUCUAUCACGUAACAUAUUGACUGGGCAUAUCCCGUCCUCCAUCGACAACAUAAGCAGCCUUGAAUUCCUGUAUCUUAACAAUAACGAUUUGAGUGGCUCCAUUCCAUCCACCUUCGGCAGCCUGAGUAACCUAUUUAGAUUUGAUGUCAGUUCGAACAAUCUCACUGGCCAGAUCCCUCCAACAGUGGGCAAUCUCACUCGCCUUACGUACCUGGAGAGUUCUUGGACGGCAAUCACAUGCCCUCCCGAAUACAGCAGCUGCGUGGUCCUACAGAACCCUUUAAGUGCUUUCUGCAAGCAGUGUGUCUCCUUCUGCACCACAUGUGUCAAGCCACCACCAGUGCAAAACUCCUCUCCACCUCCUCCCACUUCAACUCCCAGUGAGCCUUCAGCCCCUCCCUCCCAGUACGGAGGCGGUUUAUCCAAUGGAACCAUUGCUGCCAUUGCUGCUGCUAGCAGUGUGGCUGUCCUUGUGCUGCUGUUGCUGACCUGGCUGCUAUGCAAGCGAUUCCGCAACAAAGGGGCAGCAGGAGAAGGCAAUACCAGCACUAACGUGGAUGGCAAGAAAUCAGGGAAUAAUACUAUGUUUCAAGGACCAAGUGAUGCGGACGAGGAUCCAGCAACAUCAGAAGGGGAGGCCGGAGCAGCUGCAGCAGCUGCUGCAGCUGCACUACCACUAGCAGCAGCACAAGCAAGGCAGGGAGAUGGUGUUGUGGUGGAUAUAGAGGCAGCACGGCCAUAUGUGUGUCGAGAGUACUCUCUGGCAGAGCUGGCCAAGGCCACAGGAGAAUGGGCAGAGGGGAACAGGAUAGGAAGUGGCAACUUUGGGGAUGUCUAUAGGGGUGUGUCUUCUGAUGAUUACAAUAAAGUCUGGGCAGUCAAACGAGCUCGAGUGCUCACCAACGAUUUUCAAAGAGAGGUGAAAGAGAUGGCAAGCAAGCAUCAUCCGCAUCUCGUGCGUCUGUUGGGCUAUUGUAUCGACUUCGACCCGUCCACUCGACUCAUGGAACAGAUUCUCAUUUACGAGUUCAUGCCCAACAGCGACCUCGAGAGCUGGAUCGGUCCUGGUGUCUCCCACUCUCUUUCCCUCCGUCAAAGGCUGGACGUUCUGAUUGGAGUGGCAAAGGGGUUGCAGUAUCUUCAUGACUUUGGCAUUGUGCAUCGUGACAUCAAGCCCGCCAACAUUCUCCUUGAUGCGAAAAUGCAGGCCAAGAUUGCAGACUUCGGGCUCGUGAAGCUUGGUGGAGGCACCGCUAUGGGAACGUCUGUGGCUGCCACUCGAGUGAUGGGAACACCGGGCUAUGUGGACCCUGCCUAUUUCAAGUCUCACAAGGCCUCUCCAGUAGCAGAUGUGCACAGUUUUGGCGUGGUGAUGCUGGUGGUUAUCACGGCAUGCAAGGCUGUGCAUGUAACAGAGGACAAUCAGAUCAAUCUCAAACAAUGGGACCCUCAUUUGGACGCACUCGAUGACUUGGUGCUGCGCUGGGCUCGCCUUGCCCUCUCCUGCACCACCAUGCCUGCAGCCUCCCGCCCCUCCAUGAAUCAAGUGCUGGGAGAGCUGGUGAAGCUGAAGCAGGAGGCAUGUGGAGCUCAUGAGAGCCAUACAGGUGAUGCCAUAUCUCGCAUCGACAUGGAAAUUGGGAGUUCCAUUGGCCCCUCCAGCUUCACUGCUGAAAUGGCCCGUGCGGAGCGCGAGGGCAUGCCAAGUGGCUCUUCCACGUAG